AGAGGGCACUCUAUCUGCCAUGCAUGUUUUCCUCUUGAAAAAUAUGUUGUCUUCUUGCAGAAAAGGUGUUAUUUCCCUACCAAAAUGGUCAUGGAUAAACCAAAAAGUUAUGGCUCGUGCAUCCUCAUCUUCCUUUAUCAAAAUACCCUCUCUAUUUGGUUCAAAGGCGUCAAAGACAGCUGAUGUCCGUGAGGAAAAACAAGCAACGCCUGUCAGAAAGGAGUACUAUGUUCCUCGCAAGUUCGUUCCGAUGACAAGGAAAGCUCUUAUUAGAAGGAUAGUGGAAGAUAAGGAGCUAGUGAAUCCAACUGAUAGACACUACUUUCAAGGACUUGCAGAAGUUCUGGAUAAAAGCAUAGCUGGUACCUUUCAUGCUGCUUUAGGGGAGUUGAAGGUACAACAUACUACAUACUGUAAAAACAUACUAGCAGUGCAUAGAUAUUCUUUGUUGCUGGUCUGUGCAUUCUCGUAACGAAUCAUUUAUUUGAAUAAACAAAAAAACGACAUAAGUUAAUAGUGUAUCAGUAGUUGUUUGGUUUUUUUUUUGGCGGGUUUGGGCAUGACAGAAAAGAAGAAUUGGAUAGGAGGGGGGGGAGAAGAAAAAAGGUGGGGGGGGGGGGGGGGGGGAGGGGGGAUCUCAUCACGAGUUCAUGAACAACAAUAUUAUUUUGCAUUUCACAAGUCACUAAACAAAUAUUUAUGUUUUCACGCUUCUCAACAAAAAUAGAGGUUGUACAAAAUGUCAAAAAUGUUACGUUAGUCCCAUUUUGGAAACAGAGUGCUUCAAUUAUAUUUUAGCAAGUUAAGUAGAGUUUUACGAACCUUAAAAACCUGAAAAAACACCUAUAAAUUCCCCAGGGAAGCCAGCUGUAGGUGGGUCUGAGCGCAGUGAAGUGUGAAGUUUCAUCAAAAGACUCGAAAGUGAAGUUAGGUAAAGCCACCAGAUGCGAGUUAAAGUCGUUUGGCAAAAUUAACAAUUUAUUUUCUUAGGUUGAUGUUCAAUGCAUGUGUAAACAAUCGAGGAUUUUGGCAGUUCAGGUUUUACAGAGAGCACUUCAAUCAUGAUUCACAGAACAGUUUUUCAGUACAUUACAAUUCACGGAUACCUAAAAUAGUCAAUCACGGCGUCACAAAAAUAAGCUUGCCCCCCUCCCCUCUAAUAAGGGAUUAGUCCCUGCAGUGGUUGAGAAAAAAAGGACACUCACAGUACCGCUAACCCCCACUCACCUCAUGUUAGAGAAACCACAACAGUCUUGAUUCUGGAUUCCAUGUUGCGGAUUCCGGAUCCUCUGUCAGUGCAACUUGGGUUCCAAAUUCCAAUCAGUAGCAGGAUUCCAGAUUCCUUGAGCUGUUCUGGAUUCCAUAGCCCGAGGAUUCUGGAUUCCACAACCAAAAUUUAACUAAAUUCUGGAUUCCACUUGCAAAAAUAUCCUAGAUUCCGGAUUCCCUUACAUCGGGUGACUCUAUUGCCUCGUUUGUAGACAAGAGGGAUCUAGAACUGAACCUUUCUAAUUUUGCCUUACUUUUGAUUAAUUACAGGUAUUAUAUGACCCUCUAAACCCCGACAAAGAGACCUUAACACUGCAAAAUAUAUCAAAGCAGGAAAGGCUGGAUAAUGAGUUCUGGUUAUUAGAGAAGUUAUCCCAACUCCUUGAGAAGGCUCACUUCUAUGAGCUUCCUGUUGAAGAUGUACGUGAUGCGCUGAGAGAGCAUGAUGCUGGUGAUGGAGUACUGGUUAGUGUGGAUCCAAAGAAGUACGAUGUACUGAGGAUUUGGGUUGUUGGAAAGGAAUUUGAGCCUGUUGAUAAUGGUCGUCUGUAUUCUAGAAUCGCCACUGGAGUAGUGCAUUGGUUUAGGCCACCCAAACCGGCUGAAAGGUACAAGCGAGUUGUCAUUGCAAUUCGUGCCAAGAAACAGAGCAAACUUUUGCUCAAGUCCUUUAAGGAUAUUCGCUGUGCAAAUCUGGAGCACUUGCUGCCCGACGGCAAGAUCAGAAUGAAUCAGUUUGAUCAGCGAGUGUUGACUGGAAUGUUUGCAGUUGGUGCCACCAGUGCAGUGAUCAAGCUGGUGUCUUUCCUGGCCGAUUAUAAAAUUUCCUGGACUUAUAUCGCCAUAUCUGUAGCUGCUCUUGUGGCUCUAAGAGCAUGGAACAUGUACAAGAAUAAGAGAAAUUCUUACCUGGUUCGUUUGGGGCAGACCUUGUAUUUCAAGUCCAUUGCUAACAAUCGUGCUUUACUCACACUGUUAGCUGAUAGAGCUGAGGAUGAAGUUUUCAAAGUCACAUUACUGGCAUACAGUUUCCUUCAGGCUUCAUCAAAGUUGCAGGCAUCAUCAGGUAUGGUUUUUGGCAUUGACUACUUUUUAUAAGUAUCAUGCAGUUGAACCUCCUGUAAGUAUCCAUUCAAAAUGCAAAGAUUUAGUGAUUGCUUACAGAAGGUGGCCACUUACGAGGAUUAAACUACAGGAGCCUCUUGUGUGAAGAAUAUAUGUGACUGUAUACAUGUGUAGUUCUAUGUUGUCACUAAAAUUAAUGUUGUUGCAUAGUAUAUACUGCAAACAUAGAGAUGGCUAUAUAAAAGUGUUGCCUACAAGGGAUGAAAACAAUGGAAAGUUUUAAAACCAUCACCCCAAAAAGUGGUUUUGGUCGCUUACUAGAGAUGGUAAUUAAUUAAUUAAAAUCUAAUUUAUUUUAAUUUCAAUUUAAUUUUGAUUCAAAUGAGGUUGAUUCUCAAUUUUCUUUGUCUCCUAGCCCUUGAAGACAAAGGGAAUUAAAAGUCAUCCUUGAUUAAAAAUUGUUGGCCUAAAACUGACGAACAAAUACAGCAGAUUAGAAACAUUGCCAUUUAAUUUAUCUAAUUAUUUUUAAAUUCACAAUGCUCCAACGAAAAAUAAGUUUGUAUUUGCUGUAUAAUAAAUCCUGUUUUCACCAGUCAUGUUUCCAAGGUCAGUUUGGUUGGAAAUUGCUCCUUUUUGACAUUUUUGUGGACAUUGACUUCUUCUUGGUCCAUAUUUAGAAAAAAGAACUCGCAACAAAAAUCUUGGUUAGUAUCUAGCCAUCUUGAACUCAUGCAUACCAGUAUGAACAGUAAAGUGAAAAAAUAUAAUUUUUGUUGGCACAGGUGAGGGUAUGACAGCUAGCGAAUUAAAAUUGCAUGUGGAAGACUGGAUGAGAAAAUUUCAAGUAAAGGUCAUAUAUGAUCCAUCAGAAGGAGUAAAACAACUUGAAAGCCUUGGACUUCUUGUAACAAAACAAAAAGGUAAUAAACAACAUUAUUAUUGAAGAGGUCAGUUUUUCAAAAAAAAAGUUGGUGUUAUACAUGUAUGAUGUUUAAAUUUUUUGUUUGUUGCAUACAUGAUAAAUACAAAAAUGAAUGAAUAAUGAUAGAGAGGUAGCACAACCAUUUAUUUUACAUUUUACAUUUACUGUGUACAGCCUACCCCUCACAUUUGAGGAUUAUUAGCUGGGUUGGUCAGCAAAAAAAAAAAGUUAACUUAAUAGGCUAAUAAACGGGUAGAUGAUUUAGGCAGCUUACAUGGGCUUUGAAAGUAUCUAAAGAGCAGUGUUCGCUAAAGACAGAAGCCGGCAAAUUGUUCCACUGAAUAAUUGUUCUUGAGAAAAAGGAUAGAUUCACAGAGGAAAGACUAGUUUGAAGUAGGAUGAAACUAUCCAAGAGCGAGCGACGUGAUUUGCGCAUGACAGGGUGCAGAAGCCCUUGAGAGUUAACAGAGAGGAGCCCCCACAUGUAAUGGUUCUUUGACUACCCAUUCCUGGUCGAAUUGGAAUUGGGAAAUGUUGAUUUUUGAGAAGAGGGGAAAACUGGAGUACCACGAAAAACCUUUGCGAGCAAAGGAGAGAAUGAACAACAAACUCAAGCCACAUGUGGUGUUCACACCUGUGUUUGAACCCUGGCCACAUUGGUGGGAGGAGAGUGCUCUCACCACUGCACCACCCUUGCUCAUACAUGAAAGUUAAUAAAAAUAUUAAUAAUUAUUUUAAAUACUUGAUCAUGAAUGUGCAAUAAAUUUACGAUAAUUUAUUGUGAGUGGGUCAGUGGCUUGGAAAAAAACAAAUAGAGUUGAUUUAUUUGUUGAAGGUACCAAUGCUUUUUUAUUCUCCUCAAAAUGUACAGGUGAACAGCAAAUAUUAAGUGUGCCGUCAGUGUAUGAUGCUUUUAUGCAACUGCCAAAUCCAACCCAACCAAUGAAGAUAUCAGCUGAGAGAACAGAAGAACUUGAUGUGGAACUCACUGAUGUAGCUACAACUGAAGAAGAAAUAGAACAAAUGCAAGACAAACAGCGAGAGGAGUUAGAACAAAAGAAAUUGAGCUGGGAUUGAUUUGUUCCCCAUGCUAGACAACAGUAAAACAUUUUGUCAAGUUCAUUUAGAAAGUAUCCUGCAUCGCAGUCUUUAAUAGACUUUGGUUAGUAACAUCUGCAAAGCAGUGUGGAUAUCCUUGCUCACAGCCCCCAAUGGACUCAACAAAUUACCAGUAGUGUGUUUCAAAUUUACAUUCAUCUUGAUUGGCAAACUGACCAUGGCUUUUUUAACCAGCCAAUCAUGACACGUACUCAAAUCUUGGUCAUGUACACCAGUGGGGGCCCAGCACAAGGAUUUCGGUACUGUUUUGCAAACAGACUUAAAGUGGCUGUGUCACGGCAGUCCCGUUCAUUUUGUUUAAUUUUGCCAAUUUCUUGCCCUUAAUCGCUAUAGAGCUUAACGUGAACAAAGAAAUUACAUGUAAAUGACAAAAUCUGAGAUCCGAGACAAACAAAUAUGUCUCCUAAGCAUUAUUUUUGAAGUUGCAAGCAGCAGGGAUCAACUUUGAAAAACUGUUGGGCUGAACAGUUUUCAAAAACCAGAAUUCGUUUCAGUCUUCUUCAGUUUUGCCCAUCCAUGGCAUCUGUUGUUUCUGUUAUGUUAUUCUAACCUUCCUUUAAAGUUUUAAGAGGUUAUUUUUAUGUUUCUCUUAAUUUAACGGCCAUUUUGUAAUUUCCUGAUUUGGCUGAAUUUCGUGACACAGCUCCCUUAACCAGAGUUAAGUUUUGUCUGUGGCGCAGGCUAAUUAUAGAAAGUUGUCCAUUGUCUCCCGAACUCAUCACAUACGUCUUGAUUGGGGUGUGCCACAAUAGGUCAUUACGCUUCACACUUCUCAACUGUGAAAUGGAAG